GCGUGUUCUUGAUUUUUCUACGAUAAAUCUGAGGCGAAGAAUUGAUUUUGAACAACUAUACAAACAAAAAAAUAAUUGAUACGAGAAGAUUUGGAGUUUCAGAAAAGGAGGAGGCGGGCAGAUGCCAAACUGGUGGCCUCCAAUUCACAAAAAUACAAGCACAACAUGUUGGAAGGCCGAACUCGCAUCCCCAUUCUCCAUUAUUUCCAAGAACUAAACCUAUGAACAAACAUCAACAUUUUGGAUCUGGCGAAUGAGUGCAUGACGGGUCCCACCAGUCACACUAUCCUGACAAAUAAAAGGGAGGAAAAGCUGGUGAUUGAUAGGGAUAGGGGCCCGCAUGUUGACUUCCAUUUUUUGUUGAAGAAUAGCUCUCACAUUCUGAGCUGCGCAUGAGGAAAGAUUCUCACCGCCCGGAGCAUCAAGUCGCAUCGUCCAGGCCGCCCAACGUUGACACUCCCCGCCUGGCGUUGACUGUACCCAGCCUUCGCAUCGGCGACGCACGAUCUUGCUCACCAAAGUGCUGAAGGCAGGAGUGCUAGCACAGCCGCACGGCCUAGGGGCCCGAAGGGAGACGUUCGGCUGGAUAUAACCGUUUAAUACUCUUAUUACACGGUGUGUGGGAGACGCUCGUCCGCUUCCUCGGCCUUCAAUGGUGAGCUGGAGUUUCUUCCGUGCUGCCAUACACUCGUUCGAUUCAGUCUCAGCCCGGCGUCCUCGGUCGGCUCGCCGGUAUCCGCCGGGUGGAGGUGACGCUCGAACUUGAUGCCAUGUGAGCUCGAUGGACUUCUUAAAUCAGAUGAACGAUCACCCCUAUAGCUGGUCGGCCGGCCUCAAGCACCCCACGAUGCUGGAAUGGCAGUGACACACAUCCUUGGCCAGACCGGUCCCAGAGAAUUCCCAGACGUACGUCCCUAUAACUACGUUUUGGGGAGCCUUAACCUUCGUCUGGCACCUCAUGGCUUGCCGCUCGGCCUGUGGUCCGUUGCCGCACGACAUUCCACUCUGAGGACGGACGUCUUGCCAGGUCAUAAGUGCUCACCAUCCGACCAAGUUUCAUCCAGAGUAUACCGCUCGGCCUCCGGAGAGCUUCGGACCGACAGGGGGCCGUUCGUCCUUUGCAAACGCCGUCUGUACACCGGGCAGCUCGGCCCUUGCGGCAAGCUCCAAAUGAUAAGGAAGUAGCCGCCCAAGAAGGUACCUCGGCUGGGGCCCACACCGCCCCAAGCCACCAAUGGCAGGAUUUCGCCGGACAGAGGAGAUUUUUGCUAGAUGCUCUGCAAAUGGCCGUGAUAGAGUUUGGGCUUCAAUUGCGUGGAGAUGCGCGUCCAGUUGAUGCGUCCAAGUUAAAAGUCUCAAUUGUUGACCAAGUCAAAAUUAAUAACUAAGGGAGCAAAACUGCCGAGCGUCUUCUUGAAGCUAAGGAUUAAAUAUAUCAAUUGCUUAUUAGUGUUAACUAGUAUUAUUAUUACAAGUAUUGCUAUCAUCAUUAUUUAAUGGGAAUUAAAUAUCCCGGAAUUAAAAAUGAUGCCGCGAAGCUCGGGGAUGAGCUUCCACCGGGUUUUUAAUUUAAUAAUUAGGAGAUGAGCCGAACCGAGGGUCAUCGUACCCCAAGGCCGAGGCUCAUGUCCGGAAGAACUAGGUGAUGGGCCGAGCCAAGGGUCAUCGCACCCCGAGGCCGACGGUCACACCCGGAAGAGCCCCAUAUUAAAAAAAAAAAGGUGUGCACAUAUACAUAUUUGAUAGAGUAUAUGGGACCGGACCCCAUGGCCCACAUACUCAAGUCAACGAUGGCCAGAAGAACACCCACGUGGCCCCCUUCGGCAGUGGGUCCGCAUCGGCCAGAAACCAAACCGGCCCAGGAAGCACGCAUGGACUCCCGGGACCGCAACGGCCCAUGGACCGCAUCGGCCAUGGGACCGCAUCGGCCAAAAGUGCACCGCAUCGGCCAGGCCUCGUCCUAGCAGAAUGCAUUUCUCUACUUUAUUUGCUAAGUAUUGUACUCAGCCCAUUAGUGGCCCUAUUUCGCCCAAAGAAGGCAUGAUUAUUGUAAUGGGCCUCCUAAGCCCAUGGCUAGGAGCCCAAAUCCACAUAUUUACCUAUAAAUAGACCCCUUGGGGCUAGUUAUAGGGGGUUGAAAAACAUAAUUACUCACUUUCUCUCUCUAGUUCUCACUUCUCUCUAGAAUUAAUACUCUAUCAUUUGGUGCUCUCAUUGAGAGGUUAGAACAGAUCAAGUGAGUACCCCUCGUCGCUACUAGACGCAACAGAAUGACAAGAACUAGGUCAAAGAACACCGGAAGGAAUGCCCCUCUGAACCAGGAAGGGCAGGGAAACGUUGCUGACAACGUCCCCAAUGAUCUCAUCAUCCAGGAUGAGAAUGCUCAGGAGGUCGAGCACGCAGCGGCCGACCUCCGCGUCCAGCUCAACAGGACUGCCCCGGACGCCCGCAUCGGGCUCGAGGACAGGCGCAAUGCUGAUCGCGCUUCGGGCCAGCAGACUUCUCACCCUGCUGCCCCCCAGAUCAACCCGGCCGCACUAUCGGCCAUCGUCGCAAGCAUUCUCCAGGACCCCAACGUCGUCAGCGCCCUCGUCGCAAAGACAGGGGAAAACAACACUCCCGUGACUGGAGAAGUCGCGACGGUACCACCACCGCCGCCUCGGCCACAGGGCGUCACCUUCUUCGGCAACGACGAAGGCAUCCUCGCCGCGGACACCCAUUCCCAUACUGCCUCUCCUACCCGGGAUACACCGGCCCAACCUCGCGGUAAAAUCUCGGCCUUCAACAGGCUGGGUGACAUCGCGAGCCGUCGGGUACCUACGGGAAGGGUUGCGGAUCGGUUGGGUGGUCGCGAGCCGGGAUCACCAAAGGAAAGCUUCGGGUCCGUCUCCCGGACAACGGAUCGGCCCCGACCAGACAAGGGCAAGGGAAAACUGAAUGAGGAUGAUGCGCGUCACCAGAUCAACCUGGCCCACGCGGCCCGGAUCCAGACCCCUCUGGGUGGCGCUGCGGCCAACACGGACCCGAGGGACGAGAUCAUCGCACGCCUGGAAAAGCGCCUCGCUGACAUGGAGGCCCGGGAAGCCGCAGGGCGCGCAGCGGCUCACACAUCCCAGCAUCCCAACUACGAUGCACUCCUGCACAAGGUCAGUGCCUUGGAGAGGGAGUUGGCCGACCGACGCGACGAGCCCGUCAUCCAAAUACGGACCCGGACCCCCUUCUCUGCGAGGGUGCUCUCCGCUCCCAUCCCAGAGAAGUACAAGGGGAAUCCAAUCAAGCCGUAUGACGGCCGCACUGAUCCUCAGGAGCAUUUCACCCGCUACCAGAACAACAUGAUGAUGACCAACGCUUCGGAGGAAUACAUGUGCCGCUGGUUCCUCUCCACCUUGGAAGGGCCAGCGUAUGAUUGGUUCAAUAACCUUCCAGAAGGGAGCAUCGACUCAUGGCAGGACCUUGCUCAGCGCUUCCUCACCCACUUUGCCGGGAGGAAGCGUGCGAAGAAGCAUUUCGCCCACCUCCUGACCAUCAAACAACAAUCGGAGGAGACACUCCGAGCCUUCCUCGAUCGCUGGACAAGGGAGGCGGACGAAUGUGAAGGGGCCGACGAGCGCACUCUCUUGGCUUUUCUCCGCGGAGCACUCCGGCCUAGCCACUUCGCCCGGAGCCUGUUCACGGAGCCGCCGCGGUCAUAUCUCGCGGCGCUCCGACGCGGAGAUAGGCACGCUGAUGCCGACGAGCUCCUGAACCAGAAGAAGGGUGGGGAGAAGCAACAAAAGAAGGACUCCUCGUCCCACCCCCACCACCCGCCGGCCAACAAGGGACAACACCAGCCAAAGAGGGCACACCAGGAGCAAGGCGGACAGCGAAGAGAGGACCGUUCAUGGCGCCCGAAAUUGGAGGCACAGCGCAUUCCCCUCACCCACCCGGUGAGCGUCGUCCUCGACCACGCCGAGGCGCAGGGCCUCAUUGUGAAGGACCCCAGGUCAGAGGAGGAGAUAUUUGCGGUCCACAAGGGAGGGACGUAUUGCAAGUACCACCGCCAGACAUCCCACAAGACCGAAGAUUGCACCACCCUGAAGAGGCACAUCGACGGCCUCGUCCGACAGGGGGAACUUUCCCAAUUUGUCAAGGGUGCCCCCAAGAGUAACACUUGGGUUAACCCUGGCAAAAGGGGGGAAGGAUCCUCCGGGAAAAAGAGGGAGAUCGGCGCCCUCAGUGAAGAUGAGGACGAAGAGGAGCCCCGCCAGAAAAAGCAUCACAUUCACAUCAUCGUCGGCGGGAACACAGGGGGGGACUCGGCUACCCAACGAAAAAAAUGGGCUCAGUCCCUAUACGUUGGUGAGGUGUCCCACGCCCCCCCUCAGCCGAAGCGACGACACUUGGAGGCCAUCACCUUCACCGACAAGGACCUCCCCUUCGGCCCCUUGCCUCACAGGGAUGCCCUCGUCGUCAAAUGCGAGAUCGGCAACAACAUCAUCCAUCGCAACUACAUCGACACCGGCAGCUCUGUCAAUGUGAUGUACGUUGACACCUUCAGACAGCUGAAACUGAAGAAGACCGAGCUCCGGCCGAUACGGACUCCGUUAUCCGGCUUCACCGGGGACUCUAUCGACGCCGAAGGCACGAUAGUGCUUCCCGUUGUGGUCGGUGACGGUACCUGUCAGGCGAAGAUUGACAUGGAGUUCGUGGUCGUCAACCUGGACAGCGCCCACAACAUGAUCUGGGGACGACCGGCCUUGGAGGACCUCGAAGCCAUCAUCUCCAUGAGACAUCUAUGCCUCAAGUUCCCUACCAAGGACGGCGUCGGCUAUGCCAGGGGAAACCAGAAGAUAGCCAGGGCUUGCUACCUGAAGCUCACAAGGAAGAUCAAUGAGGCCGAGGAGCGGAUAGACACUAUCACCACCGCCUCGGCCGAAGAAGACACACCAAAGGCUGAACCGGUCGGAGACGUGGAAGACGUUCCGUUGGACGUCUCCCGGCCGGAACGCACGCUGAAGAUUGGGACACAGCUCCCCCAACAGAUCCGAAGGGACAUCCUCUCUGUCCUGAGAGCGUACGCCAUCGUCUUCGCGUGGGGACCAGAGGACAUGCCGGGCAUCAGCCCGAAGGUAAUCACACAUCGGCUAUCGGUGAACCCGGCCUCCUCCCCCAUCAAGCAGAAGAAGCGCUACCUCUCAGCCGACAGGAGGGAAUUUGUCAAGGCCGAGGUGGCCAUGCUGCUCUCCAUCAAGCACAUCAAAGAGGUGAAGUACCCCACGUGGUUGGCGAACGUCGUCCUCGCACCAAAGCCGCCUACGUUCAGAAUGUGUGUUGAUUACACUGACUUGAACAAGGCGUGCCCAAUGGACCCAUUCCCCCUCCCCAACAUUGAUCAGUUGGUGGAUGAGACGGCGGGGUGCGAGUUGAUGUCGUUCCUCGACGCGUUCAGAGGGUACCACCAGAUAUCCAUGCACGAAGAUGACGCGGAGAAGACUGCUUUUAUGACCCCGGAGGGAAUUUUUUGCUACCUCGUCAUGGCCUUUGGGCUCAAGAACUCCGGCGCCACCUACACAAGGAUGGUAGCCCGGAUUUUUAGAGCAGUCUUAGGUCGGACGAUGGAAGCAUACGUCGAUGAUAUGAUCGUCAAGAGCAGACAAUCCACAACUCAUGCCGACGACCUCCGGGGCAUCUUCGAGAUCAUGAAGAGAUACAACCUCCGGCUCAACCCAAAGAAGUGCACCUUCGGCGUCCAGGGAGGUAAAUUCCUGGGGUACCUGGUCAGCCGAAGGGGCAUUGAAGUAAACCCGGAGAAGAUACAAGCCAUUAUCAACAUGGAGCCGCCCCGCAACAUCAAAGAAGUACAACGGCUGAUGGGACGCCUUGCGGCCCUGAACCGUUUCCUUUCAAAGUCCGCGGAGAAGUCGCUCCCCUUCUUCCAAAUAAUGAGAAAGGCCACCAGCUUCAAAUGGACGACGGAGUGCCAACAGGCCUUUGAAGAGCUGAAGCAAUAUCUCGCCUCCCCACCCGUCCUAUCCAAGCCCCAAACCGGCGAGACUCUCUUCCUUUACCUAGGAGUGAGCACGUCGGCCGUCAGCUCCGUACUCAUCAGGGAGGAUGACGGAGUACAAAAGGCAAUAUUCUACGUCAGCAAGACGUUGCGGGAGGCCGAGCUCAGGUACUCCCCCAUUGAGAAGACGGUGCUGGCCAUCGUCCACACGGUGAAAAAACUUGGGCACUACUUCCAGGCUCACCCCGUCCACGUCCUCACCCAUCAGCCGUUGGGCGCCCUCAUGAGGAGCCCAACCAGCUCUCCAAGGAUGAUCAAAUGGGCGAUAUUCCUAAGCCAGUACCAGAUUGAGAUCAAGCCGAGGCCAUCCAUCAAAGGCCAAGCCUUAGCUGACUUCGUCACCGAAUGCACGGCAAGGGAGACGGCCGUUACCACCACAGGAGCUGAACCGGACGAAGCCUGGACCCUCUACACGGACGGCUCCUCGGCCACCAAAGCUUGUGGAGGUGGCGUCGUCCUCAUCUCCCCGGAAGGAUUCAGAGCAUACUACGCCAUUCGCUUCAACUUCAAAGUAUCCAACAAUGAGGCCGAGUAUGAAGCACUCCUCAGCGGACUCAGACUGGCCGCCGGCCUUAAAGCACGCCACGUCAGAAUCAAAUGCGACUCCAAACUCGUAGUGAGCCAAAUGGAGGGUUCCUACGAGGCCAAAGAAGGGAGAAUGAAGCAAUACAAGGAGGCCGCUGCGGAAUUGCUCAAGGCGUUCGAUACCUACGAGAUCACUCAGAUCCCAAGGGCGGAGAACGCCGAGGCCGACAUACUCUCCAAACUCAGCUCCGACACCCCUGAGCACAUCUCCAAGAUAGCUAAUGUGACACCGUGCCCGUAUGUACUCGAAUUUGAAAGUUGAUAUGUAUUUGAAUUGCCUAGCGAAUAAAAUUCGUGUGAUUGAUUGGCACAUUUAAUUAAUGUGCGAUUAAUUGAAUUAUUCUAUCGAGCCCAUAAUAAUGAGAAUGAGCUACCAAAUAUUUAGUUGGGUUAUCAUAAUAAUUUAAGGAGCCCAAUAAAGGGUCAACCAAAGUUGAUAAAAAUAUUUGGACAACCCGAAUGCUAUUUUGGCCCGACCUACCGAAAAUAGCAGGAAUAAUUGGGAGGGACUUCCUACACCCACUUGGGGUAUCCUAUACACUAAAUUAGCUCAAAUAAUAAGAGAGGGGGACCACACAAAUUUGGCUUGUGCGGAUGAUUGAGGGGAGAAGUCUCCAAGAGACAAACUCACACCCCAUGUUCCUAUUCCCACACAUUAUUGGGAAGGUGAUUGAGAAGGCAUCUUUCACCCACCUUCUUGCACUCAUUCGGCCAGCCAUAGAGGGGGGGAGUUCAAGGAUAAGCUCUCACAAAAAUCUGUGUUGGAGGGAUCAAGAAGGAAGGGGAGCUCAAGGGAAAAAUAGCUAGAAGAGAGGUAAGAACUUAACUAGUUCCCUUUAGCUAGUUUUUGUGUAUGAUUUUUAAGAAAUCAUAUGGUGGAUUAAACCAUGAGUUUUACACGUUUAAAAAGUGUAUAAUAAUGUUAUAAAGUGGUGGUAUUUAACUUAGAAGAGUCGUGGAAUCGAUAGGAGUUGAAACCGCCGGAAACCGCCACUUGAAGGGAGCUGUUCGUAGUUGCAGACCACGAAAGCCGCCCAGCUUUCGUGAAAGCCGCCCGGCUUUCAUCAUUCUGCCCAGAAGUUGCUUUUGAUCGGUUUAGAACGAGGGUUGAUCGGAGGGCUUAACGAGGACAACUAUUUCAGCACUUCAUAAGGUGAGGAUGGCUGACUAUGUUGUUUAUAAUCUUUGGGUUAAUUUCGUAAGAUUACCUAAAGUAAUUAAAUGUCAUUUUCAUGGAUUAUUAAUGAUUAAUAAUGCCUAAAUGAAAAUGUUGUUGUUAAUGAAUAAAGGAGCAUAAUAUACAAAUUUAAGGAUGAAUUGUGUAUGAUUAUGUAAUAUGAGCAUAUUGGCUUGAUGAAGGGAUUAAUUAUAAAUAUUUUGUUGAAAUAUAAUUUUAACUUCAUAUAGGGAUAUAUGAGUGAUUAAAGAUUAUAUUUUGUAUAUUGAUAUGAACUAUAUUUUCAAUGGAAAAUUAGUUUGGAAAUUGUCUAUAUGACUAUGAACUGAAAAAUGGGUUUUUGUUGGAAUUAAUCCGACUAGUAUUAUGAUACUAGUCGGGGCUUUGGAAUGAAAUAUGUUGGAAUUGAUCCAAGGUUUGGAUUGUAAAUUGUAGAGCCUUAAGUAGUCUUAAGAGAUACUAAGGUGGAUAAGUGAUGCUAGGGGUAGGCCUUAAGGGAUACCCAAGAUAAAGUGAAUAAUAAAUUGAUCCUAGGAAUAGGAUUGGCCUACGGGUGUAUUCGGUAGUCUUUAAGGAUUAGCCGAUAGAGUAUUGGUAAUUAGUAAGGACCAUGGCCCUUCCCGACUCUAGAGAGCGGGGUUGGAUAGCAUGGACUUACAUCGUGAUCACGGGUUAGGGUGGAAUCCGAACCGGAGACCUUACGAGGCUCCCGACAGCGGUAACACAUAAGAUAGGACCCCGAAUGGACCUUACCUUCCUACGGGACGAUGGGUAUGAGUUCAGGGGCGGGAUGUUGGACUCCGGCCCGAGAGCCCGGUGAGGCCUCGGAGAGCGGUGACAAGUCCCGUAAAGGAUGAUAAGACCUACGGGCGGUGUCGUGCUAACGACGGGUAUAAUGAAAUAUAUGAAAUGGGCCGUGUGCCGACAAAUAAAUAAAUUUACUUAUUAUAGAGAUAAUAAGUGGGAAAUAUAAAUUAUUAUUUGUAUUAUGAUAUCACCCUAUUUUGAGGGUCUUAGAAAUUAAAACGUUGAUUAUACUUAGUAUAGUUGUCAUUGUACUUGUCAAAUGCUUCCAAGUACUGACCUCCCCUUCACGGGGGAGGCCACCUCACAGUUUCAGGUAGGGAGUAAAGCUUGCUACCAUCGCCCGUUGCUUCGGGGAGCUCAGGGAGAGAAGACGUGGUUCGUGCUUCCUCCGUUCCAUUUUUAAAAACAUUAAAUUAAUGCUCAUGGAUAUUAUUUUGAAUAAUUAUUUGGGGCUUGUACGCCCAUGAUGCCGAAGUGUGGCAUAAACACUUGUAUUAAACGUUUCCG